UUUUAUGGAUUAAAGAGAUGGGCGUCAGCCCAUUCUCUAGUGCUUUCUACCCCAGCCCCUUAACCGUUUGUUCGUCACUUCCUGUGCCGGUGGUUGUGAGGUAGCGUGUUCGGUCCUCAUUGUACCCGCAACAUAAUCAUGGCUUCUCUCUCUUUAGCACCCAUGAAUAUUUUCAGAGCUGGAGCUGAUGAAGAAAGGGCAGAGACAGCUCGCCUGUCAUCCUUCGUUGGUGCCAUUGCAAUUGGAGACUUGGUUAAAAGCACUUUAGGACCUAAGGGCAUGGACAAGAUCCUUCUGAGUGGCGGAAGAGAUAGCAGUGUUACUGUGACAAACGAUGGCGCAACUAUUCUGAAAUCUAUUGGUAUUGACAACCCUGCUGCCCAGGUUUUAGUUGACAUGUCGAAAGUUCAGGAUGAUGAAGUAGGUGAUGGCACAACAUCGGUGACAGUCUUGGCAGCGGAGUUGCUUAGAGAAGCUGAAAAUCUGGUGGCAAAGAAGAUUCACCCUCAGACAAUUAUUUCUGGUUGGAGGCAAGCAACACAGGUUGCCAGAGAAGCACUUUUUAAAGCUGCAGUGGACCAUGGAAAUGACGAAGAAAAAUUUCGCUCUGACCUUUUGAAUAUUUCCCGGACUACGUUAUCCUCUAAACUUCUCACCCACCAUAAAGAUCACUUUGCUAAGCUCGCUGUGGAAGCUGUUAUUCGGCUAAAAGGAUCUGGUAAUCUAGAAGCUAUUCAUAUCAUCAAAAAGUUGGGAGGAAGCUUGACAGACUCUUACUUGGAUGAAGGGUUUUUGUUGGAUAAGAAGAUUGGUGUCAACCAGCCAAAACGUAUUGAGAAUGCAAAAAUACUGAUUGCAAACACAGGAAUGGAUACGGAUAAAAUAAAGAUCUUUGGCUCACGUGUACGAGUAGAUUCAACAGCAAAAGUAGCAGAGAUUGAACUAGCUGAAAAAGACAAAAUGAAGGAGAAAGUGGAACGUAUUUUGAAGCAUGGAAUUAAUUGCUUUAUUAACAGGCAGCUGAUUUAUAAUUACCCGGAGCACUUGUUUGCAGCUGCUGGAGUAAUGGCAAUCGAACAUGCAGAUUUUGCUGGAGUUGAACGGUUAGCACUUGUCACAGGUGGUGAAAUCGCUUCAACCUUUGACCACCCAGAAUUGGUGAAGCUUGGAAGCUGUAAACUGAUUGAAGAAGUUAUGAUUGGAGAGGAUAAGCUCAUCCACUUUUCAGGUGUUGCACUAGGAGAGGCCUGCACUAUAGUACUGCGUGGUGCAACACAGCAAAUUUUGGAUGAAGCGGAACGAUCCUUACAUGAUGCUUUGUGCGUGCUCGCUCAGACUGUAAAAGAUACAAGGACAGUCUAUGGAGGAGGAUGCUCAGAGAUGCUGAUGGCUAAUGCUGUGGCAGAGCUUGCUAAUAGAACACCUGGAAAGGAAUCUGUUGCAAUGGAAUCCUUUGCCAAGGCUCUGCAAAUGCUACCAACUAUUAUAGCAGACAAUGCUGGAUAUGAUAGUGCCCUCCUGGUUUCUCAACUUCGAGCUGCUCAUAGUGAGGGAAAAUCAACUUAUGGACUGGACAUGAGAAAUGGCAUUAUUGGAGACAUGGCAGAGCUUGGAAUUACAGAAUGUUUCCAAGUGAAAAGACAAGUGUUACUGAGUGCAUCUGAAGCUGCUGAAAUGAUUCUGCGUGUGGAUAAUAUCAUCAAAGCAGCACCAAGGAAACGUGUUCCAGAUCAUCAUCCAUGUUAAUCAUCAUUCUUGAGCCCAAAUGUUUGUGGACCAGACUACAGCUGUGUGCUGAUGAUGACCUGACCCCGAGGGAUUCCUUUAGAGAAGAGUAUUUGAAAAAAAAAAAAAAGGAAAGCUAUAAUGUUACCAACAAUGCACUUGCAAAUUACACCCAUACUAUAUUUGGGUUUAACUUAUUAUUUUGCAGAUGUUCUUGUUUGUUUGAAUCUGUAUUUGUAUACUUAAAUUGAGCACUGAAAUAAAGUUUUGUCCUAGGUUUGA